UUUUAAUGAGGGUUCCGCGUUGCUGUCGGGAAGAUAUGUUUUGACGACGUAAAAGAAGUUCCUACGCGGUUACUGCUCGGCUCUGUAACGGUACCGGCUGCCGCCGCCGCCGCCUUGGCUCGGCCCCAGUCAGCGCCUGAGCUGCUCCGGGUGACCGCUGUGUUCACUCCUUCAGCGGGAUGAGGAGGCGCUCCUCUGCCGGGGGAGAGCCCAGCGGACUGUGUCGCCAGCGUUAGAUGGACUCGACACCCAGCCACCUGGUUGCCAUGGCAACCCCUCGACCCUUGAUUACGGUGAAGGAUGAAUCCCUAGAUGACACAGCCAUCUUAGUGAAAGAGGAAGACGAAGAUCAGCAAGAACUCUCCAAUGACCACCUCACUCCAGCUAAAUAUCCAGACCCAGUGGGAGACUUUUCUCCUGAUGUCAGAGGGCAACUGGAAAACAAGCAGGGCAUCUGUACACCACUGGACAUUUCCAUUGUGGUGAAGGAGGAGCCCCUAGACCAACUGGAGCAGUGCCUGAAGUCAACCAGUCAGAGGAUUUUUGAAACCAUGGACAACGAGAGGUUCAUCUUGGAAGUGGAAAAACACAAGGUGUUAUAUGACGCCACAGAUCCUUUUUAUAAGGACAACACCAGAAAGGACAAGGCGUGGAAUUCGAUUGGAGGAGUUUUUGGAGUGGAAGUCGAUGUUUGCAAGGUGAGAUGGAAAGCAUUAAGGGAUGCUUUUGUGAGAAGCAGGAAAAAAAAUCUGCCAAGUGGAUCAGCCGGUGGCAAUCAAAAGGACUGGAAGUAUACAGAGAUAAUGUCCUUCCUUUUGCCCCACUUACGGCCAAGAAGUUCAAAAAGCAACUUGUGCAAUCCACCAAUAGUGGAUGUUGAAGACAGGGAGAGAUGUGGUACCCCACAAUCGCUAUCUGGAUCUGAGGAACCAUCCAGUUGCAGUACCCCUGGUAAUUUACAGCAAAUACAGAGGACCACAUCUAGAUCUCCGACCCCGUCGCUUUCCAUACCCACAACCUCCAGGGAGAGGGAAAGGCCCUCUAGGUCCCGUAGCCCCAGGGAGCGGCUGUCCAGACCGGCAGUGGCCCAACGUGCUACAAAUGACACAAGGAGGAGGCCACAGACCUCAGACAUUGGGGAGUGGCUGAUGUCCAUUCUUGAAGAGCCAAUUCCCAAACCACAUAUGCCAGAUGAUGAACUUGAUGAAUCUUACCACUUUGCACUAAGCCUUGUGCCGAUCUUGCACAGACUGGAUAAAGACAGGAGGCAACAGGCCAAAAUAAGUAUUUUGAACAAUUUACACAACCUUGAAAAAGGCACUGCCCAACACCACCAAACUACUGUCCCCCCACAACUUAUAGCUGGUUUGCAGCCCAUUCAUCCUCCAUCGCACACACCACAACCUCCCCCCACUCAGGAAAUCACUGGGCACUCCAGUUGCACCUCCAGGCCCGUAGGCUUUCGGCCAAUUCCCCAUCCUCCACAAAACAUCACAACACCGACAGGGCCAUAUACUCAAAUGCUGCCCUCCAGCAAUGACCCGCAAUGGGAAGAUAGCAGUACUGGGGGUCUUACUACACAGACCUGUAAUACAGAGCAAAAUAUGCUUCACUCCAACAGCCAGUCUCUGGGUGCUAUGGCAGCUGCAGCGGCGUCUCUACAUUAG